CACAAUGCUUAUUUAUAAUAUCUUUUUGCCUGUUUAUGACAUCAACGAAAUCACAAGAUACACGAUUGACCACCUUCAACUACACGGAAAAUACAACAAAUACUAUAUUUCCUCAAAAUGCUCCCAAAAUAGUAAAAAUUCGAACUUAUGAUGAUGGGACAAUUCUUGUUCAUCUAAUACGAUAUGGUGUACAACAAGCCAAUUGUUUUGGACAUAGUUUAGAACCGAUAUUACGUAUAAGAGUUAUUCACUUAAAUGGAACUGUUAUCGACAUUAAUUCUGAUUUGGAUAUGGAUUCUUUGAAUUAUUGUCUUUUUACAAAUAUUUAUGGAGUUUUAGUUAAUCCUAUUGUAAUAUACCCUUUACAACAACCGUUCAUUUUAAUAAAUUAUUAUAAAGCUAAAAAUUUUUCUGAUCCUAAAACUUAUGAAGAGUGGGGACAGGUCAUUGAUUGGAGUGGCAAAAAUUUAAGUAAUAUACGUUAUGGCUCAUCUUAUAUUAAUCCUCGAGGUGUUUGGACUCCAAUUAGUAAAAUUCAAUUAAAUAUAAAUAAGAGACUCGGAUUUCUUAGAUAUUCUGCUAUAGAAAAUGGUACAUCGCAGGGGAUCGAAUUUCAGCAAUAUUCAGUUGAUAAUUCUGGAAAUAUAUCAAUGCUUACAAAUGAGAAUUUUACACUUCCAUAUUUUACCUCGAUUCAGAUCGCAACAAUUUCUACUGUUAAUAGUGGUUAUGGUAUAUUUUACGCCAUUUGUUCGGAUAAUGAAACCGAUUUAUUAGCCAUAAAGUGCACAUUGAAUGCUAAAUUCGUAUCAUAUAAUCAAUCAUCUAAUAAAAGAGUGGCCGUUCUCUACGAACUAAGUCGUAAUGUAAACAUGUCAGGACUUUAUUGUGAUUUAGUAUCUGUUGGUUUGGGUCAUGCUUGUACAAUGGUCGUCGAUUCCCAAAUAAUAGUAAAUACCUCAAACAUAGUAAAUAGCACAAAUUUAGCAAAUAAUGCAACAACCAAUAUCACAAGUAACUUGACAAAUCAAACAUAUUUUAUAAGAGUUAACUUUCUAUCAUCAGGAUCAGUGUUAUCGUCGACUGUAAUCACCGAUAUCCUCCCUUUUUUCGCUAAUAUGACUGUGCCCGCGAUAGGUUGGAGAAUGAAAGCGAUGCCGUUCGGUGGAUAUAUAUUGGACAAUAAUGCUUAUAAUAAUAGUGAUAUAAGCUAUCAUUAUGUUUUUGCUUAUGACGAAAAUAACAUUCAAACUGCUUUGGUACGACCAGGUCCUUUUAUUACAAACAUUUAUGGUGUAAAUGAUAUUAUGAGAAAUAAUAAUACUCUUUUACUUGCUUCACCUUAUACAAAUAAUCAAAAUAAUUCUUGGACCUUGUUAACCAUUGAGUUACCUAAAGUUUUAAAAAGUUUUGAUCAUGGUUACGGUAAUUUUUGGAUAGAUCAAACUUUUCCUUCCAUAAAUGCCACUGUCAGUCCAUUAACAACUACUUUAAGCAUUACAUUUUAUAAUCCUGUUGCUUUUUCAUACGAUUCAUCAAACAGUUACAUCGCUAUCUACAAAACUUCUGAUUAUGGAAUUAGACAAAAAGUCACGCCAAACAUGUAUAAAUAUUGUAAAAUUAGUCAAGAUGGAAAACAAAUUUCUAUAAAUAUUAUUAGUAGUACAUUUAAUCAAUUCGGUGAUUAUUACAUACAAAUGGAUAAUGAUUUUGUUAAAAGUAAAUUUUAUGGUGAACCUUUAACAGGAAUUGCCGCUGGAAUUUGGAAUAUUAGUUCAUCUUAUAAGUCGAAUUCUUCAGAUAUGACUGCUAUUACUGGUUCCCUUAGUCUCACAAGUAACGGGCUAGAAAAUUUCUUUUCAUAUCCUAAUCAAUCAGAAUAUUUUAAGAAUUUAUUAAAUGAAAUUUCCAUUAAAUUACCAGUUAGACGUGAUCGUUUAAGUACAAAUGAAAAAUUUCAAUAUAUUAAUUAUGGUACAUCUAAUGUACAAAUUAUUUUUUCUAUUCGUAUAAAUCCAAGAAAUUCAACUACUGAAAAUACUGCUCAAAGUGUUGUUUCAGAUUUACAAACUAUGAUUAUAUAUAAAGAAAUCACAUCAUUUUCUAAUAAUUUAACAAAUGAUUUGGAUGAUAAUUAUGGUUUCACUGUACAAAAAAGUUUAUGGGAAGAAUACGUAGAAUAUAUUUGUGUGUCGAUUUUGAUUCUUGUGAUUAUCUUAAUAUUAUACAUAAAGGAUAAACCGAGUGAACCGAAUAAACCAAAAAAUGCAAUAAAUGUCCUUAUAUCGAUACACAAGACAUUCAAAGAACUCCUUUUAAUUUGGGUUAAGAAAAAUGAUUUGAAUAAAGCAAAAGAAAUAGCUCAUACAAUCUCAGGUUUUGCACUCAUUUUAAUUAACGUAGCUUCUACAGCUUACUUUGUAUUUAUCAAUUCUAAAGAUAUACCUGCUCUUAUUUGGCCAAGUAAAAUUAUCUGGUGUGUUCCAAUAGUUAUAAAUUUAUUAAUAGCUAUCAUAUUGGGACUUAAAAAACUCUUUGAAAAACUUGGAGCUGAAAUUAAACAACUUAAACCAUAUAAACCUACUAAAGAUAAACAACUUGAAUCUACUAAAGAUAAUCAACUUAUAUCUACUGAAAAUAUACAACAUAAAUCUAUUAAUGAGGAAUAUAAUCGAAUAAUAGAAAUGUCUGAAGAAACUUUUACCAAUGAAUUUUCCGAAAUUUUGAAAAUAAAAAAAGAUGAAAAGAUAAAUGAUGAUUUUUCUAAAAUUAAUAUAGAAAAUGCAAUAAGCAAAAGUAUGAUACCUAAUAUUUUGAAAAAAUUUCAUAAUAAAAAGGAUGAACCAGAAAGUUCUGAUAGUAUUAAAGAAGGUCAGGUUUUUAUUGCGAUACGAGAAGAAAUUGAGAUUAUAUUAUUAAGAGAACUUUUCUAUGUGCGUUUUCAAAAAAGGAUAAAAGAAAAAAUUCAGAAUUUAUUAAAAGAAAAUAUUUUUCCUAGUGGAAUACCUGAAAUUUCUGAUAAACUGGCUGAAAAAAUUUCUAAUGACAUGUCCGAAAAAAUUUCUUAUAAUUUUAAAACAAAAAUCUAUGACAAAAUUAAAAAGCAUUCCGAACAAUUCUUUGAGGAAAAACAUUCUAAACAAUCUGAGAUACCUUUAAGUACAGUGUCUGAUACUAUACAAAGUAUACAAGAAAACCUUCCUUCAAUACUCUUAAAUAUUUCUUCUAAAAUUGAAAGCGUAAAUAAAAAUUUGGGAGAAAAAUUAGAAAGGGAUUCUCUUAAUAACAGUUUGAAAGCUAUUUUCAUCAAACAUUGA